UAGGGUACUCAUCGUGCCAUAACCUCUAUAGUGAUAGUCUGUAGUAUUAUGGUGCCUAGACUAAACCUUUAAUUUAACUGUGUGGUGUUAGCAAAUUAUUUAUAUAUGUAUAUUAAUCUUCAGACACAGUUCUACCAGACCAGAAUAUAUGUCACGGUCAUUAACGUCUAUCUCUUCCACAAGGACCAGAACCCAUUGUCAGAUCAUUGUAGUUACCCUGUGCUGAUGAACAUGGACUGGACUCGGAUUGAUGAGAAGAUCUUGGAUCUCACCUUGGAGAUCAUCUCUCUGCUUACUGGAGAGGAUCAGGUGGUUGCAAAAACGUUUUGUGAGUGUGUUGAUCACAACCGUCCUCACCAUGUAACAGAAGGAUCCAUUAAAACAGAGCGCCUCAGUGCAGUGAUUCCACAUUCCUCGCUGAUACAUGAGAGAGAGAAUGACAAGAAGAUCCUGGAACUGACCUAUAAGAUCAUCCACAUGCUAACUGGAGAGGUUCCUAUAAGGUGUGAGGAUGUCACUGUCCAUUUCUCCAUGGAGGAGUGGGAGUAUCUAGAAGGACACAAGGAUCUCUACAAGGACGUAAUGAAGGAGAAUCACCAGAGCUUCAGCUCACUGGAUAAACCUUUAUCAGGUGAAUAUCAUACUCCUGUUUGUAUGCCUGAGUUUGGAAACAAUGAGGAAAGUGUAGCUAAACCUAAAGAUGGACCACACUAUCUGCGAACUAGCAAAGUAAGAAAAAGACUGAAAAAUAAUACACCGUACAUAUGGGAAGAGUCUCCACCGUGUAUAGAGGAAAAUCACAUGGACAUUUACAAAGAGACAGAAUAUCCAUCUACUGAUAUUAAGAAGGAAUCGGCAUUACAUGAAGAAGGGAAUCUCACAGGGUUUGACAUCCAUGCAUGCACAGAUAAUACACAGACAGAAUAUUCAUCUAUUCUUAUUAAGGAGGAAUCAGCCUCGUAUGUAGAAGGGAAUUGCCCAGGAGUCGACAUUUAUAAAUCCAGUCACAAUUCUACUCUUGCAGAUAAUGAAGAUAAUAGAGCUUGUUCAAACAUACAUUCUAUCAAGCCUUGUAUUGAAUUAAAUACACCAUAUCAUAUUGAUGGUAAUGCUACUCAGAGCAAAGACAACAUAGAGGAAAUAUUCCCGAUUUCUGAUUGUCCACAAGGCUUCAGUAGUGACACGCAGGAUGUUAAGCAUCAGCCAACUCAUACAGGUAAAUACUUCUUAUCCACGCCAGACCCUGUUAUACAUGAGAUGAAUCCUAAAGGAGAAAAUCUGAUUUUGUGUUCUCAAUCUGGGUCAGAUUUUAUUCAGGUGUCAAAUCUUGUCAAGCAGGAAAUGGAUUGGCCUGAACAGGCACCGUAUAUAUCCUCUGAAUGUGGGAAAGGUUAUACCCAGGUUGCAGAGCUUGCGUCACAUAAAAUGGUUCAUAGUAAGGAAAGACCAUACAAAUGUACUGAAUGUUCAAAGGCUUUUAAAAAAAAACAUCAACUUGUUACUCAUCAGAAGAUUCACACAGGGGAAAAGCCAUUUAAAUGCUCUGAAUGUGGGAAAUGUUUUAUUUGGAAAAACAAGAUGAUUUCACAUAAAUUGACUCAUUUAGGCGAGAGACCAUUUAAGUGUAAUGAAUGUGGCAAGUGUUUUACCCAAGAGCGUCAUCUUAUUGGUCAUCAAAUGAUUCACAGUGAAGAAAAUCCUUUUAAAUGCACUGAAUGUGGGAAAUGUUUUACCCGGGCCUCAAAUCUUGCAACACAUAAACUUAUUCACACAGGAGAAAAACCAUUUUCAUGCUCUGAAUGUGGGAAAUGUUUUUCCCAGUCUACACUGCUCGCGUCACAUAAAAUCGUUCAUAAUAAGGAAAAACCUUACAAAUGUACUGAAUGUUCGAGGAGUUUUAAAAAAAAGAAAGAUCUUGUUCAACAUCAGAAACUUCACACAGUAGGAAAGCCAUUUAAAUGCACUGAAUGUGGGAAAUGUUUUAUUUCGAAUUCACAGAUGAGUUCACAUAAACGGAUUCAUACAGGCGAGAAACCAUUUAAGUGUAAUGAAUGUGACAAGUGUUUUACCCUAAAGUGUUCUCUUAUUAGUCAUCAAAUGGUUCACACAGGAGAAAAGCCUUUUAAAUGCGGUGAAUGUGGGAAAGGUUUUAACUGGGCCUCAGGUUUUAGCAAACACAAAAGAAUUCAUUACAUGAACUGAUUUCACACAGGAGAAAAAACAUUUCCAUGCUCCUAAUGUCUGAAACAGUUUAAUUUAACCCUUUAAGGACGCGUGACAGAAAUUUUCCGUCAUGCUGAUCCUACCCUUUAAUCCAUUAAAACUAAAUUAAGGAUUAUUCGGUUUAGAAUAAGUAUUAGAUUUAUUAUUAGGUUUAUUAAAUAUAUAUGUUUAAUGAUUAGGUUUAGAAUUAUUUUUAGUAUUGGGAUUAUGUUUCAGAUUAUGUUUCGGAUUAGGGUCAGCACGUGCAACCGAAAGAUAUACAUAUGGGGAAUAUUUGUACUCAGGAGAUGUUACUGAGUACAGCUAAGAUAAUUUUAUGACAGUGGGACACAGAAUUUCAAAAAUAAGCAUAAAAAAUACUAUAGGGGGCUUGACUGCCGUGGAGGGAAGAUGUGCAUAGCUGGAGCUCCCUAGUAAUUUUUGCAAAUAUGGCUAAAAAAAAAGCACUUCUGACCC